CCUCGCCUUGUCCAUUACCAUGAAGGCUGCGCUCAUCCUCACGCUCACGUCGGCCGUUGUCGCGGACACGCUUGAAGCCGAAGCCAAGGUCGUCGACGUCUGGGGCCAGUGCGGCGGCAAGUACCACAACGGCGACACGGCGUGUGCCAGCGGCUCGUUUUGCAAGUUCUACAACGAGUGGUUCUCGCAGUGCCAGCCCGGCGGCAACGGCCAAGUCGGUCUCUGGGGCCGAUGCGGCGGCAAGGACUACGAUGGCGACACCCAGUGCACGCCCGGGAACGAGUGCAAGGUCUGGAACGACUACUACUCGCAGUGCGUCCCUGGCACUGCGACGCCGACGACGGCGCCUCCGGAGGACGUCGCGGUCCCCCUCAACUGGCUGCAAUCGGACGCGGUGUGCUACAACCCGAUGGACGGCGACAGCGACACGGUGGCGAAUGGCAUCACGUCGUUCGACGCGUGCAUCAUUGAAGCCAACAAGCGCGGCAAGAAGUUCGCCAACUGGGACGACCAAACCCGCGAGUGCACGGUGCUCCAGGACGCCGACUCGUACCGGCUCAGCCGAUCGUGCAAGAGCGCGGCCAAGUACAACCUCGACAAGUGGAAGUGCUGGGGCAACCACGACUACUGGAACAACGACGUCGGCAAGUCGACGACGCGCUUGGACCAGUGCCUCGACGCGUGCGAAAACUUUAGCGAGGGUGGCAAGAAGUGCAACGCCGUGUACUGGGUGCAGCACUGGGACAGCGACAAAGGCGUCUGCAACUACAAGUACAUUCCCGACACGAGCAAGGCCCCGUUCGUCGACGAUAUUGGCGGGACGGCGUGCGCCCGCCGCUCGUAAAGAAGCAGCACAUUUUGAGGCCGCAUGGACGAUAACCCAACGACUAACUACAUGUUCUUUCAUACCCA